UUUUUUUUUUCCUUUGUUUUUUCUUUUCUACUUCUUUACUUUCUCUUAUGGGGAACCAACCUUCCAAACGUAAACGCGCCCUGGUUAAACGACAAGCAGAAACAAGUCGUGGGAUGUUACCUACUGACCAGUACAAUCAAACACAUCCUCCUACAGAAUAUCAACAAUACCAGCAUAAUCCUUAUACUUCAACAAAUAAUCAAUCCUCUACAGAUACUUAUAAUAAUCAGUCUUAUGAUUAUUAUGAAAAAUACAAUAACAACGAUCAUCAAUCUACUGUUCAUUCUCAAAAUCAACUUACAGCCACUUCAUUGAAAUCACUGGGUGAUAAACCAUUAGAUUUGGAUGCUUGUAUAGCUCGUUUGAUUCAAGUUGGUCAAACAAAUACGUUUACUAGACAAGUAUGCUUGAAACAAUCGGAAAUCGUGUCUAUUUGCCAUCGUGCCCAAGAACUCUUUUUAGCUCAACCUACCCUAAUUGAAUUAAGUCCCAAUGUCAAGAUAGUAGGCGAUGUUCAUGGACAAUAUACGGAUUUGGUGCGGCUCUUCAACAUGGGUGGAUAUCCUCCUAAUGCAAAUUAUUUAUUUCUGGGUGAUUAUGUUGAUCGAGGAAAACAAAGUUUAGAAACCAUCUUGUUACUGUUAUGUUACAAGCUCAAAUAUCCAGCCAAUUUCUUUUUGUUAAGGGGAAAUCAUGAAACCGAUAAUGUAUCUCGAGUGUAUGGCUUUUAUGAUGAAUGUAAACGAAGAACAAAUAUCAAAAUGUGGAAAACUUUUGUGGAUGUUUUCAAUACAAUGCCAAUUGCUGCACUAGUUGCUGGGAAAAUAUUUUGUGUCCAUGGUGGUUUAAGUCCUUUAUUGAACUCUUUAGAUGAAAUCAGAAUGAUUGAACGACCUUGUGAUGUACCUGAUUAUGGCCUAUUGAAUGAUUUACUCUGGUCUGACCCGUCGGAAACGGCUGUGGAAUGGGAAGAGAAUGAACGCGGUGUAUCGUAUUGUUUUGGACGAAGGAUUGUGAACGAAUUUCUGGCCAAACAUGAUUUAGAUCUGGUAUGUCGUGCUCAUAUGGUAGUAGAAGAUGGAUAUGAAUUCUUCAACGAACGAACCUUAGUUACUGUGUUUUCGGCUCCCAACUAUUGUGGCGAAUUCGAUAAUUUUGGUGCCAUCAUGACCGUUAACGAAGAUCUGUUAUGCUCAUUUGAAUUGCUGACACCUGCUGAUCAUCCUUUGGCAAAACAACAUCAUCCUAUUCAUCACAAUCAUCCUCCUUAUCCUGCCCAUGAUCCUACCGAUGCUUACCAACAUCAUCCUCCUAUUGAUCAUCAUCAACGACAAUUACAAUAUCAGCAUGACUUUGAAGAGGAACAAAGAUCUUAUCGCCAAUCAUCAUCAAAACGACCAAGUCCACCCAUGGUAACUAUGGAAUGAAGGAACCCAAACAUCAGCGAUACCCUUACUUCUAUAUAGUCUUUCUACCCUGUUUUUCUUUUUUUAUUCGUAUUCUUCUAUAUGUAUAUCUAUAGUUUAUUAUUAUUAUAUCAAUAAAACAAUGUACAUUCUGCCUUCA